CCGAGGGCAGCUGGGCAGCGGGAGCACAGAGGGCCCGGAGCCCCCGGAGGAGCAGCCGCAGAACCGGGCACCCGUCCCCUUCCGCGCCAGCAUGGGCGACUGGAGCUUCCUGGGCAACAUCCUGGAGGAGGUGAACGAGCACUCGACCGUCAUCGGGCGCGUGUGGCUCACGGUGCUCUUCAUCUUCCGCAUGCUCGUGCUGGGCACCGCGGCCGAGUCCUCCUGGGGGGACGAGCAGGCCGACUUCCAGUGCGACACCCUCCAGCCGGGCUGCGAGAACGUGUGCUACGACCAGGCCUUCCCCAUCUCGCACAUCCGCUACUGGGUGCUGCAGAUCAUCUUCGUGUCCACGCCGUCCCUGGUGUACAUGGGCCACGCCAUGCACCACGUGCGCACCGAGGAGAAGCGGAGGCUCCGGGAGGCGGGGGGGGCCAGAGAGGGCCACCCCGCGGCCGAGAAGGCGGAGCUGUCCUGCUGGGAGGAGAUGAACGGACGGGUGGUGCUGCAAGGCACCCUGCUGCACACCUACGUCUGCACCRUCCUGAUCCGCACCGCCAUGGAGGUGGCCUUCAUCGUGGGCCAGUACCUGCUCUACGGGGUCUUCCUGAGCACCCUGCACGUCUGCCGCCGCAGCCCCUGCCCCCACCCGGUGAACUGCUACGUGUCCCGGCCCACGGAGAAGAACGUCUUCAUCGUCUUCAUGCUGGCCGUGGCCGCGCUGUCCCUCCUCCUCAGCCUGGCCGAGCUCUACCACCUGGGCUGGAGGAAGAUGAGGCACGCCUGGGGCAAGCCCCGGCCGCGCCUGCCCGAGCGCCGGCUCCCGGGUCCCUCGGGGGCCACGGCCCAGAGCUGCACGCCGCCGCCCGACUUCAGCCAGUGCCUGGGGGACGGCCCCGGGGCCAAGUUCUUCCGUCCCUUCGGGGACAGCACGGUCCCCCCGCAGAACCCGGACUGCCUGGCCGCGCACCCAGCGCCGGGCCAGCAGCCAGACCCCAGGGAGGGCUUCAUCCAGAUCCGGUAUGGCCAGAAGCCCGAGGUGCCCGACGGGGUCUCCGCGGGUCACCGCCUCCCACACAGCGACCACAGUGACAAGCGCCGUCUCAGCAAGGCCAGCAGCAAGGCCAGGUCAGAUGACCUCUCGGUGUGACCCUCAGCCACGGGAGUCCGGGGGAGGCGGGGAGAAAGAGGCCCAGGGAGGGACAAGGGGUCUCUUCCUCCCGGUCCCCUCCUCGUCACUCCUCUGCUCCUGCGGGCCCUGCGUCUCCCRGUGGGCGCUGCUGACGGUGUCCCCGGAGCUCCCAGGCGCUGCCUGCCCACCUCCACCUGGUGUGCUCCGGGCCAUCUCUCGGUCACUUCUUGCCUGCGCCAGAGGAAGGGAAGGGUAGCCCACGAGGGGACACCAGAGACACCCCAUGACGCCUCCUGCUCCAUCCCCAAAGAACCCGACCCAGCCCGGACCUCCCAGGAGGAGUUCAGUCCCCAGCCCAGAGAGGCCUGGYAUCGCCUGCUCUGGACCUUGUCCCCAUGGGCCGUGUCCUGGAGUUGGAGGGGGCCUGGCCUGCCCGGUGCUCCUCCUCUACUCGGUUUUUAAAGGGAUCCCCAGAACUUGACCAUCAGCCUCAACUUUAGAGGUGUUCUGGUCCGUGCCUCUGGCAGAUGGCCCCUGUUGGGGACGUCCCCGCCUUUCCUUCACCAGAGCGGACCCAGUCCACAGGGCCUGCUCCCGUGGGGAGUCUCUGUGCACCCAGACGCCACUGGGGUUCCUCCCCAUCCUCCCUGGGCUGUUUGUCCAGCGGUCCUCCAGAGAUCUUAUCACAGUGGCCCARCCUGUGACUCCAGAGGCUCGGGAGGCUGAGACAGGAGGAUCGUGAGUUCAAAGCCACCCUCAGCAACUC